GUUGUUCUCACGCCCUUAACGCGUUCGGAGGCAAUAACAUCGUCUGGGAAUUUUCACCAGCAACAGCUGCGAUCGAAUGGGUUAAUCCAGGUUAUUCGUCCUUUACUAUUAGAGCAGAUGCUCGAGUUUCUCUGGAUUUGAGUUUGAAAGAAAAAGAAAACUUCUUCUUUGCUGAUUAGCAACUUUCACAAGUUAAACUUCUUUCGCUGUGCCUCUCGCGGGGGGAAAAAGAUUAGAUUUCGUUAGUCGGUGAAAUUGAAAAGAACCUUCAUCAUGAGACUGGUUGAUCGUUGGGACUCUUCGGACGAUUCCAGAUUCACGAGAUUCAAAUUGCUGGACGAAUAUUUCGGACCUUCUGUCUUGGAGUCGACCUUUUAUUUCCUCGGUCCCACGGAAACCGAGGAAAUGACCAAGACUACUGAUGACCCCCUCAUCGGCGAAGUUGGAACUGUUGCGGAACAGUCAAUUAGAUCUGCGCAGGUAAGGGACACUUCUUCGUCGACGAGCGGAAUCGUGGGCGCUCACUUGGAGGAUGAAGACCGGCGGUACCAGGAAGUACGUCCGGUCACUUCCUUGCGGAAGCUGCCUCAUACUUUCAAAAAUCCGCGGCCGAUUUACGACCUGAUCAACGAGGAAUCCAGCAACAGUUCUGCUGUUCUCAGAUGGCUGGUUCCUUCCCAUCCUGGCUCUCCCAAAAAACUGUCGCAGUACCUGCUGCAGUGCAGGACGAACCCCAGCCUGCUGCCCUCGUCCUGGCAGCCCUGUCCCAUCGACUCGGUUCGACUGCCGUCCCCGGGGGAACCCAACACGUACGACCGAGCCCGGAUCCGGUUCCAGCCGUCGAUGACGCACUCGGUGUCGUGUCGAUGCACGCUGCAGACGAUCGACGACACGGGCUGCGUGAGCAUGCGGUCCAACGAGGCCCUCGUGAGGUCGUCGGGCCAGCGGACGGAGCACGCCGUGACGACGACGAUCCUGCUGGGCAGCGUGUUGGGCCUCGUGUCCCUGGCCCUGCUCUUCUACUUGCUGUGCAGCAGGAACCCGUCGUCGUCGUCCUCGUCGGCGGCGGGGCAUCAUCGGAGGACAGGCGGCGGUGGUGCUGGCGGAGGGCUGGGACGCCGGCGAUUGUUGCUGGGCGGUGGUGGUGGUGGUGGUGCUGGUGGUGGGCAUCAAGCCAACGAUCACCACCAUUUGCACCGAUUUCUGCAGGACGACGAAGAGGCAACCCGGGCCCAAACCCGGGGCCAGCUCGCGGCGUCCCCUUCCUCGUACGGCGGCCUGCAUCAUCAUCAGCAGCAGCAGCAGCAGGAGCCCAACUCCGCGAAUAACAAUGGGCUGGUGCUGAGUGCUCAGCGACUGGCGGCCCAACUGACCAACUCCUCGCCCAGGAUCACCAAUGCCUGCUCGGCCAUUUUCUCACAUCCCACGAGUUCCGAGGAGGAGGAACUCAUGGGGAAUCUCCACGGCAGUAACAAUAAGAGCAAACACCAGCAGCACCAUCAUCAGAAACAGCUCUCUUCGUAAUGAUAUGAGACACAACAUGCUGUUUUUAAAAUCAUCGGUGAAAUUGACUGUGUCGAAAAAAUUGUAACCCCAUUUCCAUUCCUGCUGUGAGCUGCUGUGAUGGACACCCGCCCUAUAAUACUCUCAUUUCCUUUUUGGACGCGGAAUAUAAACGAGCAGAAUACUGCAAUUCAAA